GCGCCCGCCGCUGGAGCAGCUCCGGAGCCGCCCGGGCCGGAGCGCAGGCGGCGAGGCCACCGCACCUGCAGCGCGCCCGGCGGCCGGACCCGGCACCUCGCCUCCCGCCUCCCGCCUCCCGCCGCCGGCUCCCGGGCGCGGGUCCCCCCGGACGCCCGGGCCCCCGAUCGGAUCGGCCGCGAUGACCACUUCCCUCCCGGACGGCCCGGGCGCGGCGGGCAGGGCGGCCGCCCAGGUGUGCGGCGCGGCCCGGGGGAGGGGCGAUGCCCGGGACCUGGCGCCGGGCCCCGGGCUGCCCGCGCGCGCGCUCCCCGCCCCGGCGGCGGACAGGAGAAAAAAGAAAGAUCUUGAUGUUCUGGAAAUGUCAUCUAUUCCAAACCCUUUUCCUGAGCUAUGCUGUUCUUCAUUGACAUCUGCGUUAUCGACAGACCUGCUUCCCAAAACAAACUCAAGAAAAAAACAGGUAAUUAAAAUCUACAGUGAAGAUGAAACCAGCAGGGCCUUAGAGGUGCCCAGUGACAUCACUGCCCGAGAUGUGUGCCAGCUGUUGAUCCUGAAGUGUCAUUACGUUGAUGACCACUGCUGGACUCUUUUUGAGCAUCUGAUUCCCCUAGGUCUAGAAAGAAUAAUAGAAGAUCAUGAGCUGGUGGUUGAAGUGCUAUCUAACUGGGGAAUGGAAGAAGAAAAUAAGCUAUACUUUAGAAAAAAUUAUGCCAAAUAUGAGUUUUUUAAAAAUCCAAUGUAUUUUUUCCCAGAGCAUAUGGUGUCUUUUUCAACGGAAACCAAUGGUGAAAUAUCCCCCGCACUGAUUUUGCAGAUGUUUCUGAGUUCAAGCACAUACCCUGAAAUCCAUGGCUUCUUACAUGUAAAAGAACAGGGAAAGAAGUCUUGGAAAAAGGUUUACUUCCUUCUAAGAAGAUCUGGUUUAUAUUUUUCUACUAAAGGGACAUCAAAGGAACCACGGCAUUUGCAGUUUUUCAGCGAAUUUGGCAAUAGUGAUAUUUAUGUGUCACUGGCAGGCAAAAAAAAGCAUGGAGCACCAGCUAACUAUGGAUUCUGCUUUAAGCCUAACAAAGCGCGAGGGCCCCGAGACCUGAAAAUGCUCUGUGCGGAAGAAGAGCAGAGUAGGAUGUGCUGGGUGACGGCGGUGCGAUUGCUUAAGUAUGGCAUGCAGCUGUACCAGAAUUACAUGCAUCCGUGUCACGGUAGAAGUGGCUGCAGUUCUCAGAGUAUAUCACCCAUGAGAAGUAUAUCAGAGAAUUCCCUGGUAGCAAUGGACUUCUCAGGCGAGAAAAGCAGAAUUAUAGACAAUCCCACGGAAGCCCUUUUAGUUGCAGUUGAAGAAGGACUCGCAUGGAGGAAAAAAGCGUGCUUACGCCUGGGCAGCCACAGUAGCCCCAGGGCCUGUUCACAGCGCUCUGCCAUAAGCAUGGCUAUCCACCGGUCCCAACCGUGGUUUCACCACAGAAUUUCUAGAGAUGAAGCUCAGCGAUUGAUUAUUCAGCAAGGUCUUGUGGAUGGAGUUUUCUUGGUGCGGGAUAGUCAGAGUAACCCUAGAACAUUCGUACUGUCAAUGUGUCAUGCACAAAAAAUAAAGCACUUUCAAAUCCUACCAGUGGAAGACGAUGGUAAGAUGUUCCACAGCUUGGAUGAUGGCCACACAAGGUUUACGGAUCUAAUCCAGCUGGUGGAGUUCUACCAGCUCAAUAAAGGUGUUCUUCCGUGCAAGUUGAAGCAUUAUUGUGCUAGAGUUUCUAUUUAGCCAAGCUAGAAGUGACUUGUUAAACUGGUGAAGAAAACAAGGAAAAAAAAAUACAAAAGGAAAAAGAAAGACCAUAAAAAGUGUGAAAGCAUUGCUAUGGUGAAAAGAAUUUAUUUCACCUCCAAGUUACAAAAAAUAGUUUGUGCGUUGAAAAUAAGCAAAGAUUUGGAUUGCUAUUAUAGUCAUCAUUUAAAAUUCAUUAGUUAAAAUUAAACCUCUGAAAAA